AUGGAUGAAGCGGCUGCGAUGACGUACGAGUCCCCCGCGCGGCUGAAAUGGGCAACGUUUGUCUUCUGGAACUUCCUCGACCCCGUGUUCCGCGUACACUUCAGGUACUACCGCAGGAAGGUCGCCGUCGACCGCUACCUUGAGCGCCGCGGCAUCUGCGCAAACAUCGCCAUCGGCGUAACGUUCGGCCUCACGCUGUACUUCACGUUGGUGUCGACGUUCCUUCUGCCCACGCCGGUGGCGUCGGAGUACUCGAUGCAGGACAACGCCAAAGAGAUCCUCCGCGCAAUGAAGUGCGAUACCACGAAGGAACUGCCCGCGUUUCUGCUGAUGCGGGCGAAGCGGGAGAUUAUCGGCAAGCUGCACGUCGCCGCGGACCGGGCGGAGGUGAAGCGGCAGCGCGAGGAGGUUGACAAGCUCCUCAAGACCCUGCAGCAGCAUCAGAAACACGAAUAG